GAGGACAAAUUAUUAAUCCAUGUUAAAUGCUGAUUCGAUCUCACCAAAGUGCAGCAGCAACACUUUUAAAAGUUAUGGAAAUGAGUCCUUUGGCAAACAGGGGGGUGUUAAUCUAUCACAAAGAUCUUAGUUCAAAUGUUUUAAAUCUUAAAACGGGCAGCAAAUAUUUAUUACUAAUGACUGUUUUCUUUUUGUUUCAGAUAAAAUUCAGAGUUUAAUUGCACUGUGACGGCAGUUGAAAAAGUCUCAGUGCAUAAUUAAACUUAAGACGCAGAAUGUUUUCUUCUCUGUUGCGUAUCACUCAUGAAUUCUGUAGUUUAAUGCAUCUUUGCACAUUUUGAUUUACAUAUUACUUUAAAAAAAAAAAAGUGAAGACAUCUGCACAAUAUAAUGUUAUUAAUUAAUUUAACAUCUCUGAGUAUAUUAAUUCUUUGUGUGUUUGAUUGUCUGGUUAUUUGUUUUCGUUGUGGAAAGAGAUAAAGAUGUUUUGUGAAUUUGUGUUUUGUCUAUUGCAUGUGUUUUCUUAAGGUUGAGCUCUCAGGGCCACCGUACAACUGGCCAAGUUACCUCAGUAUUUGGCAAGCGGUGUCUAUCACUUUAAUGCCAGACUGUUAAAGGAUUUUAGAGGCAGGAUACUGAUAUUGGAGCCUAAAUACAGUUACCUGCUGUCUGUGGAUAUCUUUGGCAUCUCUGGACUUCUGUGAAGACAGAUCAUAAAAUAAUAAUUUUAUGAUACGAUAACACCAUAGUUAAUCUCACAGUUAAAAUCCUGACUCGUUAUAAACAGCUGUGCUGUGUAGUAUAGUGUUAUACAAACAGGGCUUUGUGAAUCAUGUCGUCUUUUCUCAGUGCCUGCAGAUUUUUCCUUUAACCUGCUUAAUGCAAACUUAAAAACCAGUAAUGGAAACACAUGAAUUACAAAAAACAAAAACUCAAAUGCAAAAAAAUGUAUACGCUCGCAUGAGGUGAUUUUAAAGCUCAUUCGACAAAGCAAUAUUUUCCUAAAUUAAAUUGCAUUCAAGUUGAGGCCCCCGCCAUAUCACGCCCCCAGGAGCCGGUUCCAACUGAGAGGCAGACUGCUGGCCUGCUUCCCAGCGUCUCUUGGGCAUAUGUCUUUAUUAUUUCAGGUCUGUAGGUAAAUCUCACCUUCAUUUGCCAGCAGUCAAAUGGUGCAGUGAUAGGGAGCUGAUAGUUGACUUAAGGGCGUCUGCUAGUCAAAUUAUUGUUCUUAUAUAAGAAGUGAAAAAGUAGUGAAACGUACAGCUUGAUGUCAGAGGCUCAUCGAGCAGCACCAAGAGUUUCUCACUGACGACACUGCAAACCAACACAUCAAGACAGGACUGUGGUGGUGAUGAUGAUGAUGAUGAAGAGCGACCUCUCAAGACCCUCCCUCCUCCUCCUCGUCCUCUGUAGUUCAGCAUCUGGACUGGGAUCAGUGGUGUUAAGAUACUAUUUAUACAUCAGACAUUACUACACCUGGGAGCAAGCUCGCAGUUACUGCCGGAGCUCAGGUUUCAACGGUGACUUGGCCGUCAUCUAUACGCAGUCAGAUGUAAACAAUAUAAACUUACACCAAUAUCACGCAUGGCACGGCCUGCAUCUGCCCAGCUCUUCAAGUUCCUGGGCUUGGUCCGGUGGGCCAGCCAAUAGCCACAUUACCUGGGGAAGAGAUGAGCCACAACGAGGUGACGAAUGUGCUUACGUCUCUUACACCAAAAGAUGGUUUUAUGGCUCCAAUUGUGGAGUGUAUUACUUCUUCUUCUGUGACACGAUCCAGGCCAACAACUACAAAUACAUAUUCAUACCUCAGUCAAAGACAUGGUCUGAGGCCCAGCAGUUCUGCAGGAGUAAAUACCGAGAUCUAGCAACUCUAAGAAACACUGAAGCCAUGUCCAAAGCUAUUGUCCCACGGGACUUUCCGGUCUGGACUGGACUGCGCAGAGAUGGGGGAACGUGGAAGUGGACCAAAGGGAGUUCCGAGUACAGAAAUUGGGCAUCAAAUGAGCCGAGUAACAACGGCGACUGUGUCUCCAUCUUUUCUUUGAGAAAAGAGAUGGCUACCCAAAACUGCUCCGCCCGCUUUCCCUUCAUCUGCUACAGGGACAACCUGGUCCUGGUAAAGGAGAGCAAGACCUGGGAGGAGGCGCUGGAACACUGCAGAGCUCUCAGCACACCGACCACCUACAACCGUCGAUAUGAGCUGGUCAGCGUGCAGCCUGGAGAAGACCAUGACUUUGUGAUGAACAAGGUCAUGCAGGCCGACACAGAGGAGGUGUGGACUGGCCUUCGUUUCCUGGCUGGUCAUUGGCUGUGGAUUAACGGGGCAGAUAUGUUGUACCCUGACCUGCCCGUCUGCCCCCUCAUGAAGCAGCACUGUGGAACCUUAUCCAAGAACAGCACAGGAAAUAUGGAGACCAGAGACUGUGAAGAGAGAAAGAACUUCCUUUGUUACAGCAAGUGAUCAUCAUCUGCAUCAGGGUAGUCGCUGCCACAUUGUCUUGCGAACAUCAUCCACCUUCUCUGUUGAUGUUCUCAUGCCAGCAAAUGUUUGGUACACCUGUUCUAUAGAUGCUAGAUGUAGGUUAUGUAAAUAGGCCUUUAAAUUCAUUUAUGGAAUAUGAAUCACACUAUGUUUUUUUCUUAUAAAAUGUUAUGGUUCUCUCAUAGAUCAUGUAUCAGCUGAUUAACUGAUCAACUGUCAUCAAAUCUCUUUGUUUAUCAUUACAUUACAAAAAUCCUUAAAAGAUUUAACAUGAAACUUUACUAUUUUCAAAAUGUAGCAGGUUUUAUCUCACAUUUUUUAUAUUAAAGGGUUAGUUUAAUGAAU